UUUCUCUCGCAAGAGUGUCAUUCCUUGACGUAAAUAAGUACUAUGUAAUCAUCAGUAGUCACUAGUCACCAUGAAAACCUUGAGUGACGAAUAAAAAUCCACACACGUCUGUAGCAAUCGAUGUCUCAGAACUUAGUCUGUAUAUUUACACCUAAAAUACAUAAAUACAUUAUUAUCACGCGGUAAUCAAUAAGUUAUUGAAUUUGUCCUUUUGAAUAUCUUUUGCAUUUAGCUUCAGUGUAGAGAUAUAGUUCCCCAGGGAAUAUUCACGGUCACAUUCCAUCGAGUCGACACAUACAACAUGACCGUCGACGAGAAAAGUAUUUCGCGCAAGUCAAAGCAGGUUGUUAUCAAAGGAAACUUGCAGAAACUCAGCUCAGGCCUGUUAGGUGGUUGGCAGAAGCGCUUCUUUGUUCUGUAUGCCGACGGCCGCCUUUGCUAUUUCAAAAAGCAGGCCGACUUUGAUGCGGGACAGGAAGAGAUUUCGGAUGUUAACCUGAAAUACUACCAGAACAUCUCCGAUGUGACUCUGGUGGAGGGGUCUAAGAAGAAUGUAUUUGUGCUAACGCCCAAGCCUAUGGACUUCAACUACUCCGACAUCCGCGAGUUCAAUUUCUCCGCUGAGACUGUGACCGAUAUGGAUAUGUGGAUUGGAUCGAUGUGGCAAAUAAUCGAGAAAUAUCAGAAUUUGAAGCUCAAAUUAAACCCUCUCGGACAAGUCACGGCCGAGUCCGAAGUCAGUGCGGAGAACGUCCGUAUCGAAGGAUUCUGAAGUGUCUAGAACCGACGACUACUGCGGAGCGGUAGGGCUCGAAGGGUGAUACGCAUCUCUUGCUUGUUUAGUCCUGACACAUCCGUUGAAGCCGCCAUCCGAGGGCGCUGACCAGCACAAACACCGGAGGACCUUCCAUGUUCAUUUGUGUUAUUCGGGUGUACUGAGCGCGAAUUGGGUGUGCCGGAUUGGGUGUGCCGUUCCAGCGGUAUAGGUCAACGACGUGAGCGGGUUCUGUGCCGGAUUGUAUCCAUGUGCGGUCACAUGAUUUCGUAAAUAUAAGCCGCACGCGUAAGCUAGCGCCGUGGGCUACCGGCGUGCGGUGUGGAAAGGUCGCUGGAUACUACUACAGUAUAUGUCAUACUAUACUAACGGAGCGAUACGCUCCAAAUAAAGUCAUACCUUUCCAUACACCUGUCGAUGCGACUGUUGGGGCCACACGCGGUUUACAAAAUCCAAGCGUCGCGGUUUACAAAACCCAAGCGAGGUUUACGAAACCCAAGCGUGCGUGCUUUUUGGGACCAAGAUUUGUACAUGAACGUGCGAUGCGGCGCUAUUGUGCAUGUUGCUUCGGAGCCAUGCGGAUAAAGUAACUGCCAAUCAUCUCACC